AUGUCGGCACCAAAGGUCUACACCUGGGACGAGCUCAAGUCGGACGAGGCAAAGUCCAAGAGCGGCAUCCUCAUGCUCAUCCACGGCAAGGUCUACGCUAUCAGCAAGUUCCUCGACGAGCACCCUGGAGGCGACGAGGUUCUUUUCGGCGAGGUUGGGCGUGACGCGACCGAGGCGUUCGAGGAUGUCGGUCACUCGGACGAGGCGCGCGAGAUCUUGAAGAAGUACUACGUUGGAGAGGGCCCCGAGGGCACCGCGUCGGCUGCGUCUGGAGCAAAGGCGCCCCGUGAUGCGGCCGGUGGCAAGGCGACCGAGUCGAGCGGCGGAUUCACCUACCUCCUUCCUCUCGCCUUCCUCGCCGCCUACUUCGCCUACAAGUUCUACUCGCAGCAGAACGCCGCCUAA